CGGACUUCACUCGUUGACCAACCUCCGAAUGGAAGCGAGCUCGAUCGCGCUCUGCGAAGUCCACCAUCUCGCGCCGAAGCGCGGUUUGUGGGCAAUCAGCCCUAGUUUCAACCGGAGUCGAUGUCGAUCGCCGAGGCAGGGCUCACUCAAGCUAGGACCGCGGAGAAGCUCCAAUGUCAUCGCUCUCAGCUCGGCUUCCGUGGGCGAUUCUUACGCUUCUUCAACGCUCGACAGGAGAGAGGCGGAAAGCGACAAGACGGCUUCAUCCGCAUCUUCUUCCUCCUCUGCGAGUCCCAGUCCCGUUUACGUGCCUACGCCGCCGAAUCGGGAGUCACGAACUCCUCACAGCGGGUACCAUUUUGAUGGAAGUACUCGGAGAUUUUUUGAGGGAUGGUACUUUAAAGUGUCUAUUCCUGAGAGGAGACAGAACUUCUGCUUCAUGUACUCUGUGGAAAAUCCUGCAUUUCCCAAGAAGCAGAGUGCUUUGGAAGUGGCGCAGUAUGGACCUCGAUAUACUGGAGUUGGUGCGCAAAUUCUUGGUGCUGAUGACAAGUAUAUUUGCCAGUUCUCUGAGGAAUCUGCCAACUUUUGGGGAAGUAGGCGUGAGCUUAUAUUGGGGAAUACUUUUAUGGCUGAAAAAGAUUUGAAGCCUCUGAACAAGGAGGUUCCUCCUCAGGAAUUUAAUAGAAGGGUGGCAGAAGGGUUUCAAGUCAGCCCACUUUGGCAUCAAGGUUUCAUACGUGAUGAUGGCAGGUCAAACUAUGUAGAAACUGUCAAAACUGCACGUUGGGAGUAUAGUACCCGCCCUGUCUAUGGAUGGGGCAAUGUUGGAUCACAGCAGAAGUCUACUGCGGGUUGGUUAGCAGCUUUUCCUGUAUUCGAACCUCAUUGGCAAAUUUGCAUGGCAGGCGGGCUAUCAACUGGUUGGAUAGAAUGGGAAGGAGAAAGAUUUGAGUUCCAAGAUGCGCCUUCUUAUUCAGAAAAAAAUUGGGGUGGGGCCUUCCCAAGGAAGUGGUUUUGGAUUCAAUGUAACGUCUUUGAAGGGGCAAGUGGUGAAGUUGCUCUGACAGCUGCUGGUGGUUUGAGGCAGCUACCUGGACUAACCGAGACAUUUGAAAAUGCUGCGCUGAUUGGAGUUCACUACGAUGGGAUUUUCUAUGAAUUUGUGCCUUGGAAUGGUGUUGUCAACUGGGAAGUUGCUCCAUGGGGCUCCUGGUACAUGGAAGCAGAAAAUGAGACUCACAAGGCUGUAUUGGAGGCAACAACGAAAGAUCCUGGUACGACAUUGCGUGCUCCAACUGCAGAGGCUGGCCUUGCUCCGGCUUGUAAGGAUUCUUGUUUUGGUGAUCUAAAGCUGCAGAUAUGGGAACGGAGAUACGAUGGGAGUAAGGGAAAGAUGAUCUUGGACGUGACAAGCAAUAUGGCGGCUGUGGAAAUCGGAGGAGGGCCGUGGUUCAACACUUGGAAAGGCAAGACCUCCACACCGGAGCUUCUCAGUCGUGCUUUAAGCGUUCCAGUUGAUGUGGAUGGGCUUUUCGGUUUGGCUCCGUUCCUCAAACCCCCUGGUCUAUAGUUGAUAGCACCUCUUCACUUUGUGUUGAGCAAAUUGAACAAUGAAUGCCAUUGAGGUUCGCAGGAAGAGCUGUUAAGAAACUUUUCGCUUUUAUAGAGAGCACUUUCUCAAAUGUAGAAGGACAGGUUGAGAUUAAUGACGAUCUAUAAGCAAUACUUCUCUAGAUUUUCC